AUGAAGGAAAAUGAAGACGAGAAUGAAGUGGAGAAGGUGAACAGGGACCAGCCACAGGAAGAGAACCAGCCACAGGAAGAGAACCAGCCACAAGAAGAGGACCAGCCACAUGAAGAUGUCUCUGUUCGACCAGGCAAAAACAAGCGGGCGAAAGUUUCCCAGAGGAAAUUAUGGGCGUUGGAGUUGGUGAAACUCAAACAACAAGCCAAACUGGAUCACCAGAGAAUCGAACACCUUCAAGACCGUGUUAAAAACCUGGAGGAGGCCAACAAAGACUUAAAAACAGACAAGGACUUUUUGCUUUCCCAAAUUAAGGGAGCCCCCGGGGUGCCUGCAUCAACUAGCAAGUCAGACUGCUCAGUUUCCUUCCUCAUCUUCAACUUCAACGUCUCCUGCCCCCUCCUCAGACUCAAGCUCCUCAUCAUCCUCAGAAGACAAAAAAAAAAGACCAAGAAGUCAAAGAAACACAAAGAUUCACACAGCCGUUCAAGAAUGACCACAACGGAUGGAGUCAUCCGCCGGUACAAGAAUGCCCUGAAGAGAUUCGGUAAAUUUGGAUCCAUGAAAAAGGCCUUUGCCAAAAUAAACGUUGACCGCAACACCAUUGCAAGAACAGCUAUAAUUGCUGAACUAGCCAUCACAUUUCCGGACAUCUUCGAGACCCUGCUCCCUGGAGACGAAAAUAGUGAGAAGAUCUCAGAGUUUGCAGAGCGCUGCAGGAGGGCUGUGACAGAAGAGAUGGCUGAAACGAUCACAGCAAAAAAGAAAAGUGGAAAACUGCUUCCAAUAAUGUACAAGUACACUUAA